CAGUAGAUCACGAAUCGAACAUGCUAGAACCUCCUGCUUUUCCAAAGCUUUCGAAUCCAUGUAAUCCAAUUGAUCCCAAAGUUAUUGAACAAAUUUUAGCCGCUUUACAACCUCCAUUAAAUCAUUAUAAAGGAUUUUAUGACGCUCGAAAACAGACUUGCAAUAAUGGAUCAAAAAUAGAGAAACUUGCACGUUGCUGGGACACACAAGGCCGACGAUGUACAAAUGUUUCAGUAAACAUUGAAGAACCCGUUACAUUCUUUAAUGAUUCAUUUCUUAUACGCCAAAAAAUCGGAGAAGGCGGAUUUGGCAAAGUCUAUCUCGUUUUGGACACAGAAGAUUAUGCAGUUAACCAAAACGAAAAGAAAUCAUCACGUGCAUUAAAGAGUGAAACACCUUCAAGUGCCUUGGAGUUUUACAUUAUACGUAAACUGCAAGAAAGAAUCAACUCCCCAACUAUUGAUUCUAUUAUUUCUGUACAUUCAUUGUAUUAUUACAAGAAUGAAAGUUAUAUGGUGAUGGAAUUUGUUCAUCAAGGAACGAUUUUGGAUGCCGUUAAUCGAGCUAAAAGGGAGAAUACACAGUUAGACGAACUUUUGGUAUUUUUCUUUACAAUAGAACUAUUGAAAACAAUUGAGUCGAUUCACGAAGCAGGAAUAAUACACGGUGAUAUCAAAGCUGAUAACUGCCUGUUGAGAUUAGAACCGGUAGAAGAGUGGGAUAUACAAUAUGAUCCAUCCGGUGCGAAUGGAUGGUCAAAGAAAGGAAUCAAAAUAAUUGAUUUUGGGCGUUCUAUUGAUGUGACUUUAUUUCCAGACGAUAUGAAAUUUAUCGCUGAGUGGGUGACUGAUGAUCAAGAUUGCGUUGAAAUGCGUGAAGGUAGGCCUUGGAAAUGGCAGGCUGAUUAUUAUGGAUUGGCUGGUAUAGUACACUGCAUGCUGCAUAAUCGAUAUAUGCAAAUUACUCCAGUAUUAGUAGAAACAAAUACUUUUAUAUCUGGACCAGCGACAAUGGCAGUGAAGAAAUAUAAACCAAUACUUUCAUUUAAACGAUAUUGGCAAGGAGAGCUUUGGCAAAAAUUAUUUGAUUUGUUGUUGAAUCCUUUAUUGGUGACGAAAGAUGGUCAAAUGCCAAUUACACAGCAAUUAAAAAAUAUUCGUGAGGAAUUUGAACAGCAUCUAAUACAGAAUUGCGAAAAAAAUGGAAAAAGUUUAAUUGGAAUGUUGAAGAAAUUAGAAAGGAAUCGGUAAAAUGAAUUUUAGUAAUGCACAUAAUGUAUAUUUCAUUUUUGAAUAUUGUCAAAUAUCAAAUGAUAGUUUAUUCACUAAAUUAUUAAUAAAUUUAAUUAAUCCAACA